AUGGCAAACACUAUUCCAGCGAGGUUGAGAUCCACUGACAUUGGCCUCCUUGCCAUAAGAGCAGCCCAGAUCGAGAAGACCAAGCCCGUGAUUGCCUACUGGUGUAAUUUUCACAUCGUGAAUCAGAUCAUCGGACGGGGUCUUCAUAAUUCCAACGAUGAAAUUAAAAUCUACACCACCAGCCUGGUGGAUAAGCUGGAGCAGUUCAAAAGGGAGCAUUCUGGCGAUGAAUUGGUGGUGGAUAGCGUUGCGGCGAGUGCACUGGUCGAGCGCUUUGGGUUGGAAGUUUUUGCUCGCGCUGAAGCUGCUAUAAACGCUAACAAGGUCACGAAGCGGCGGCUCUAUUUCUCGAACUAUGUCAAAUCUGGGGGGGCUCUAGACCCGGAGAUUGUCGGGAGGGUUAAGUUCGGAAAGUAUCAUGCAGUCCGAAUUUUGAAGGCGAUCAAGAAUGGUGAAGAUCCCAAUUCGACUAAUCCUGUGCCAGAAGAGAAAGAACUAGAAUCAAUCGCCAGUCAGGAGGUUCAAACAUUCGAUGGGUCGGUAGCGGAACAGCCCUCUCGACCCAGACAGUCGCCAAUCGAGGAAAUUCCAGAGAAAUCCGACCAUCUAAAAGGGCGGGAGCUAGCCCAGCAAUUGUCUCUUGAUGAGUCGCUUCACCGAUCUCGAACUUCAUCACUCCAGUGGCCGCCUGCAACCCCGAAUUCUGAUGUUCCUUCUGUACUCGGCGAUACCCCUGAUUCCCCUGUGCGAACAAAGGACAUCGACAACCCACAACCAGGAGACCUAGAACUUUCCUCAACAUCGGGGACAAUUGGGUGCUCUUCAUCGGCGCCGAACCUACCAGGUAUUCCCGGAGCCUCGACCUUUGGUGGAGCCGAUGCCUUGCGCUAUUCCAAUACAUUGCACCCCUCCCCACUACCAGCUGCUAGUUCUUCGGUCGGCGUACCGGCCCCAGCUUCGCUCCAUAGCCUAUCGGGUGCUAGCUUGAAUCCUCCGCAUCCUGCAACUUUACCGUCCGGACCACCUCCAGUUGUACGUGCACCUGUGGCUCAUGUGGCCGCUGCACCAUCAAGUCAACCAUCACGGUCGGUCGACGACGAGUCUAUCGCUCUGGCGCAGAAACAUGCUCACUGGGCGCUCUCUGCAUUGACGUUCGAUGACGUCGACACGGCCAUAAAGGAGUUCAAGAACUCUCUCAGGACACCUGGGGGCAGCGUCUUAAUAUAG